UAUGCCAGGAACCCCGGUUAAAACCAAGAAAGAACUGGCAGUUCUGGAGAGGUUCUUAGAGAAUUCGGAGAAUGUCACUAGUUUGUCUAUUAUGCUUUCCUGCUUUGUCAACAAGGAACCAAAUAAAGAAUAUAAAUCUGUGAUGAGGGUACUCAGGAACGUGAUGGACAACGCUGUUGCAAAGUAUUAUAGCUUUGAUGGCAAAGGUGUCAAACGAGGCUUUAAAGAAUUAAAGUUGUGGCAAUCAGUCCAAGGUGCUGUACUAUCUAAAGUUGAAAACUCCGAUCUGCAAGAAGCCGAAAGGGCUGCCAGGUCAUGGCUUCGUAAUGCUCCUUACAGGAAGCAGGGAGAUGGAAGCAAAAGUAAGAGAGAGGCCUCCAAAGAUGAACAGCACGGUGAAAAGAAAAAGAAGAAGAAGGCCAAGAAAAAGAAGUCAUCCUAAACAUGAAUGUAUGCUUUAUUUUACCCAACUUGUCACCCUGCAAGAUUUUUUUUAGUUUUUAAAUUUUAGGCCUAGAAGUGAUUUUUGUCUGGCCAAAUAUAGAUGAUCGCAGUCUUGCUUGGUUUGUCACAAUAAGGCUUGGACAAAAUAAGCAUGUUAGGUGUUAAUCUUUACAGUUGAAUUAUCGAGAUUAGGCUUAGAGUACAUAUUUGGAAGCCAUUAAAUGUUUGUUAUGUUGCCUCCUAAAGGGAGAACAUGAAAAAGAGUUUAUUGUUUUGUUGUCUUUUUAAAGGUCUGGAUCAAAAUCUCAUUUUGUAUAGUUUAAUUGAAAAAGCUACUUGCUACUUUUGUUAAGCCCUUAUGUGUUCAUUUCUGUAGGGUGUGGUAUUUCAGUCAUUAGAUAGGGAAUUUCUUGUGGACUAGACCCACUCCAGUGUCAGUUCUAGUUUUUGUUCUAGUCGUUUUAUGUUCUAGUCUUUCAAUACUUUAGAGAACCCUGAGCUCUUGAAAUCCUUGUCUAUGUAUGCAAUACAAAUAAACAAUUACAAUGAAAACUCUUUUACUAUUUAUUUUUUGAGAUCCUUUUUGUAACUUUUUGAAAAACUGUGAGACCGCUCCUAGCGACCUUACAGGAGGGUCGCUAACCGCUCCCUAGAAUUGGUCGAUUUUGC